AUGGUCUCCCCCGCAAUUCGCGUCCCCCCUUCGGCCGCCAAGCGGGCCCUGAACCUCCUACGCACCGUUCAAUACACCCACCCCCCAUCAUGUCCCUGCCAUGGCAAUCCCAGUCACCAUCACCACCACCGUUCCUCAACUCUAUCCGACCAUGUCCGCCGUCACAUGGCCACGCCGGUCGACCCCUCGCGCCAGAAGGAGUACGCCUUCGAGAUGGCCGCCUCCAGUAUCCGCUUCGGGCCCGGUGCCACCAAGGAAGUCGGGAUGGACUUUGCGAACAUGCGAGCGAAGCGGGUGUGCAUCGUGACUGAUAAGAAUGUGGCUAAGCUGGACGCGAUGAAGCAGGCCGUCGAGGGGUUGAGUCGUGAGGGGAUUGAGUUUACCGUGUUCGACAAGGUUCGCGUGGAGCCGAAGGAUUAUUCGAUCAAGGAGGCGAUCGCGUUUGCUCAACCGUAUAAGCCGGAUGCGUUCCUGGCAGUCGGUGGUGGCUCGGUGAUUGACACGGCCAAAUUGAUGAAUCUCUACGAUGCUUACCCCGAAGCUGACUUCCUCGACUUCGUCAACGCCCCCCUUGGCAAGGGCCGACCCGUGGACCGGGCAUUGAAGCCCCUGGUCGCGGUGCCCACCACCGCGGGCACCGGUUCAGAGACCACAGGCACGGCGAUCUUCGACCUGGUGUCCAAGAAAGCCAAGACGGGCAUCGCGCACCGCAACCUGAAGCCGACGCUGGGUAUCUGCGACCCCAUCAACACGCGCACCAUGCCCUCGGCCGUGCACGCGUCGUCCGGCCUGGACGUGCUGUGCCACUCGCUCGAGUCGUGGACCGCCAUCCCAUACAACGAGCGCACGCCGCGCCCCACCAACCCCAUCAAUCGCCCCGCGUACCAGGGCGCCAACCCCAUCUCCGACAUUUUCUCCCUGCAGGCACUCCGCAGCACGGUCAAGUACCUCCCCCGCGCGGUGCGCGACCCGGGUGACUCGGAGGCCCAGGAGCAGAUGCUGCUGGCCGCGACGCUAGCCGGCGUGGGAUUCGGCAACGCGGGCGUCCAUCUCUGCCACGGCAUGAGCUAUCCCAUCUCCAGCCAGAACCCAGGCUACAAGCACGCGGGCUACGACGUCGACCACCCGAUCAUCCCGCACGGCGUGUCCGUGGCCGUCACCGCGCCCGCAGUCUUCCGCUUCACAGCCGCCUCCAACCCCGACCGUCAUCUGGCAGCCGCCGAGGCAUUCGGAGUAGACAUCUCGACCGUCAAGCGCGAGAGCGCGGGUGAGGUACUGGGCGAGGCACUGGCCAAGUUCCUCUCUGAACUGGGCGACCAGCCGCGGGGUCUCAAAGACCUCGGGUUCAAGGCGUCGGAUGUGGACGGGCUAGUAGAGGGGACGAUCCCGCAGAGGCGGGUGCUGAUGCUGUCGCCGAAUCUGAGCCAGGAGUUGGAAGCGGAGAAGGCGGAGCUGCGGGGUUUACUGGAGCAGUCGCUGCACUACUAG